AUGGCUGACCCUGUAGAAAGGUUGUUGGGUGAUUAUGGUGGAGCAAAUGCACCAGCUGGCCGAAUGACGAUUGUGAAUCAACCGGUGGAUGUGGCUCACUUUCAGCUGCAUCCAGCAACGAUUCGACAGCUGGAGAAGAAACCUUUUUCGGGAAGAAUAAAUGAAGAUGCUAACAAGCAUUUACAAAGGUUUCUUACCAUGACAACUUCUCUGAAGAUAGAAGGACACUCUGAAGAAGCAAAGAAUGUUAGCCAACCUGAAGGAUUAGUGGAUAUGAAAUUGUCAACUCAAGUUGUGAAAAUUGAAGAUCAGUGUGUUGCUACAGCUCAGCAAGUAGAGGAAAUAAACUUCUUGAAACAAAACAACCCCUACUCAAAUACUUACAACCCGGGGUGGAAAAAUCAUCCGAAUUUUUCAUGGAAGGAUCAAUCAGGGAGUGCUCCUAAACAAGGGAUUCCUCCAUACCAAGGUCAACAGUCGCAACAACAGUAUAGACCUCCUCAACAACACUAUCAACAACCUCAGCAACAAGCUCCCAGGAAAGCAGAUUGGGAGAUUGCCAUCGAAAAAAUGGCAGCUCAAAGCUCUCAGUUUCAGGAAGAAACGAGGAGUAAUUUCCGGAAUACGGGUUCUUCCAUUAAAAAUCUGGAAAUUCAGAUGAGUCAAAUAGCACAGCAACUAGCAAACACUCAACAGCCGGGCGCUUUGCCAAGUGCCACAGUUACCAAUCCUAAAGAUCAUAAUAAUAUAAGUGCUAUUGUUACUAGGAGCGGUAAAGGGAAAGGUGUAGUUGAAAAUAAUGAAGAGGAAGAGAACCCAUUGUUGGAGGUAGACUUAGAGAUAAGAGAAAAUGAGCCAGAAGCUGAGGAAGUGGUGGUGAUGGAACCGACUCCGAAAGAGAAUGUGGUUGAACAAAAACAGCAACCGGCAGUAAAACUUCCUUUUCCAGUACGGAAUAAGAAAAAAGGACAACAUGAGAAGAAUUUUGAAAAGUUCCUGGAGGUGUUCAAGAAGCUGGAGAUUAAUAUCCCAUUCUUGGAGGGUAUGAAGAUUCCUGUAAAGAAGAAAGAUCGAGGUUCCGUAACUAUCCCUUGUACAAUUGGGGAUAGGUCAUUCAAGAAAGCUCUAAUUGAUUUGGGAGCAAGUGUGAGCCUUAUGCCUUUAUCUAUCUACAAGAGAUUGGGGAUAGGUAAUGUACAAGAUACAAGAAUGACACUCCAGUUUGCUGACCAUUCUAUUAAAAGACCUUAUGGAAUAGUAGAAGACGUGCUGGUGAAGAUUGAUAAAUUUGUGUUCCCAGUGGAUUUUGUAAUUCUAGAGAUGCCAGAAGAUGAGGAGAUCCCUAUUAUUCUAGGAAGGCCAUUUUUAGAGACAGGGCGAUGUUUGAUAGACAUUGAAGAAGGCACAAUGACUCUGAAAGUUUAUGAUGAAGAGCUGAAGAUUGAUGUACGCAACACCAUGAAGUACAAGGAUGAUAUAGCAACUAGUCAACACAUUGAGGUGAUUGAUCAAAUUUGUACUAAUGAGAAUUCUUUGCAGCUACAACAAUUACCUUUGGAAAGAGUGUUGAGCUCGUCUGUGUGCAAUAAAGAGGAAGCCGUUGAUGAAGAAGAAGUGGGAGUUGUGGCUAUGAUGGAGACAAGUCCCAUAGUAAAAAGUUCUAGACAAAACCGGUGGGAGGAUCUUAGACAACCUUUGGUUGAAGAAAAAAAAGAGGAACCUAAGAAGGGUGCUGAAUUGAAACAACUCCCGGAGAAUUUAAAAUAUGUUUUCCUUGAUGCUGAAAGUAGGUGUCCUGCUAUCAUAAACUCACACCUUGAACGGGUGCAGGAAAGUAAGCUGGUAGAAGUGUUAAAGAAACAUAAAAGUGCCAUGGGGUGGUCUAUUGAAGAUUUAAAAGGGAUCAGUCCUACAAUGUGCAUGCACAAAAUCCUCAUGGAAGAUGAUCACAAACCAGUGGUCCAACCUCAGAGGCGUCUGAAUCCAGCCAUGAAAGAGGUUGUGAGAAAAGAAGUUGUUAAACUCUUAGAUGCUGGGAUGAUUUACCCAAUAUCUGAUAGUGCUUGGGUGAGUCCGGUUCAUGUUGUGCCCAAGAAGGGAGGGACAACCGUAAUAAAAAAUGAGAAGAAUGAGUUGAUCCCUACAAGGACUGUUACAGGGUGGAGAGAUAAAGAUUUCACUUUUGAUGCUGAAUGUGCGGUGGCUUUUGAGACAAUUAAGAAGAAAUUAGUCUCGGCACCCAUUGUUGUAGCCCCUGAUUGGUCUCUACCUUUUGAGAUCAUGUGUGACGCCAGUGAUAUUGCUGUAGGGGCGGUUUUAGGACAGCGAAGAGAGAAACUGCUUCAUGACUCUAAGCCAAGACUUUUGAGGUGGAUUUUACUCCUUCAAGAGUUUGAUGUUGAAAUUCGAGAUAAGAAGGGGUGUGAGAACACUGUAGCUGACCACUUAUCUCGAAUGACACCAAUAGACGAGACAGAAGAAAAACGCCCGAUCAAGGAUGAGUUCGCUGACGAACACAUCUUGGCAGUGACGGGUGUACCUUGGUUUGCAGAUUAUGCUAAUUAUAUUGUCGGUGGUGUCAUCCCUGACGAUUUUGACUCUAACCAAAGGAAAAAGUUUGUUCAUGAUUGCAGGUUUUAUCUAUGGGACGACCCGUUCCUAUACAAAAGAGGAGUCGAUGGUUUGAUCAGAAGAUGUGUCCCUGAAAAUGAGCAGGAAGAAGUGUUGAAGGCAUGCCAUGCUUCUGAUUAUGGGGGACAUUUCAGUGGUGAUCGAACAGCGGCGAAGAUUCUGCAAUCAGGUCUAUAUUGGCCCACUAUGUUUAAGAAUGCUCAAGAGUUUGUGAGGCAUUGUGAUAAGUGCCAAAGGACAGGAAACAUAUCCAAAAGAAACCAGAUGCCUCAGAACUCGAUGUUGGAAGUAGAGUUGUUCGAUGUUUGGGGCAUAGACUUCAUGGGACCAUUUCCACCUUCAUUUGGAAAGAAUUAUAUUCUAGUAGCGGUGGAUUAUGUAUCCAAAUGGGUCGAAGCGGUUGCUCUACCUUCAAAUGAUGCUAAGGUGGUGGUGAAGUUCUUGAAAGAAAACAUUUUUGCUAGAUUUGGAGUACCGAGAGCUCUAAUAAGUGAUGAAGGAACGCAUUUCUUGAAUCAUCUUAUGGAACGACUACUCCAAAAAUACAAUGUGAAACACAAGAUAGCCACAGCGUAUCAUCCUCAAACUAGUGGGCAGGUUGAAGUUUCGAAUCGACAACUAAAACAAAUUCUUGAAAAGACGGUAAAUUCCUCUCGGAAGGAUUGGGCAAUAAAGCUGGAUGAUGCACUGUGGGCCUACAGAACAGCUUUUAAAACACCGAUCGGAAUGUCGCCGUAUCAGCUUGUGUACGGGAAAGCAUGCCAUUUGCCUUUAGAGUUAGAGCAUAAGGCAUUCUGGGCAUCAAAGUUUCUCAAUAUGGAUCUCUCUAAAGCGUCAAGUUCUAGACUUCUCCAACUCCAUGAGUUAGAAGAAUUCCGCAACCAAGCAUAUGAAAAUGCCAAGCUAUACAAAGACCAGACAAAGAAAUGGCAUGAUAGUAAGAUCGUGAGGAAAGAAUUCUAUGAAGGACAACUGGUCCUCUUGUACAACUCAAGGUUGAAACUAUUCCUGGGAAAGCUUAAAUCUAAAUGGUCCGGACCUUUUGUUAUUACCCAGGUGUUCCCUCACGGAGCAAUCGAGUUGAAAAACUCAACCAAUGGAGACACUUUUAAAGUUAAUGGACAACGAUUGAAGCCGUAUUUUCAGGGCCAAUCAAAGGGACAAGUGGAUGUCAUGCGUCUUACUGGGUGA